AUGGGCCCCUGUACCGCCUCCUCAUGCUGCUGCCAGGCCCGUAAUCUGCCAUGGGCCCCCCGUACCGACUCCUCAUGCUGCUGCCAGGCCCGUAAUCUGUCAUGGGCCCCUGUACCGCCUCCUCAUGCUGCUGCCAGGUCCAGAGUGUGUCAUGGGUCCCUGUACGGCCUCCCAUUGCUGCUGUCUCCAUCGCCACACUCUGCCAUGUGCCACUUUCAGGUCUCCUCACACUGCUGGUGGGUUCCAUUUUGUCAUAGGGUGCUGGCAGAUUACGGGCCUCCCAUUGCUGCUGCCAGGCCCGUAAUCUGCCAUGGGCCCCCGUACCGACUCCUCAUACUGCUGCCAGGCCCGUAAUCUGUCAUGGCCCCUGUACCGCCUCCUCAUGCUGCUGCCAGU